AUGAAAUUGGAGAAAGAGAGGGAGAAACAAAGAAAGAGAGAGGAAGCAAAGAAAAAGGAAAUGAAGAGGGAGAGAAAGAAAAAGGAUGAGGAAGAUCGAGCAGAGCAAGCCGGACUGGCAGAACUUGCUCAUGUACACGAAGAGGAAGAACGAGUAGAGAGAGCUCGACAGGCAGAGAUUGCUCGCCUUAAGGAAAAGGCCAGACUCAGAGCAAAGGAAGAAGCUAAUCGAGGCUUGGAACAAUCCUCUAGCUCUGACCAAGAGGAUGACCAAGAGCACUUCAAUGAUGCUACUAGGUCUUAUACUUCAAGUGAGGAGAGUGAAGAGGAAGAAGAAGAAAAACUGGCUCUGUCUUCCUCAAUCGAAUAUGCCAUGGACACAGCUUCUCCAACAAGAGGACGAGAAGAAGAUGUGGUAGCAGUGAAUGUGGCCGAUCCAACUCUCUUGGCCAUUUUUGUUGCCAUACCUCUUGAAAACAUUACAAUUGCUGCUCCUCCACCACCAAAGAACACACAUAGAGAUAGGGUCCCUGCUUAA